GCUUAAACAUAAUUCCGGAAGUGGAAAUAAUUUUUUUUAUAAGAAAGUUAUUUUGUAUUAAUCCCACCGCCUACUUCACACAACUUUUCGAACUGUAUGAUUCACUAUGGAAUUCCAAGUAGCUUUCAGGUAUAAAGCAUACAUCAUCACUUGGAUUUGGUCAUUCCUAUAUUAUUUUAUGUAGCCUUCUUCUUAUCAAGGCCGGCCUCUCUCCUCAUUCUUCUCUAUAUAUUCAAUAAUUGUAGCGUCAACCUUCACAGGUUUCAAUAAGCAUCAUUCAACUUCUAAUAACAAAAUGUCUAAGCGUUUCAAGCUUAAGCUCUCUCGUGUCAUACCUUCAUUUCAAAUCUGUCGAUCUAAAAAUGCAUCAGAAAUUCCAAUCCCAGCAAUCUACAGGGUAUCACCUUUCAACAGAAAGGUACUUGGAAUCAAUUACCCUAAACUCCCAGACCCACCACCGUCAACACCAGAUUACAAACGCCAUGUGUCGCAGAAGAAAGCAUCCGCCGCCUGCAGAAGGCAAUCAAGAUCACUUGCAUAUUAUUUAGCAGAUUAUAGCUUAGAAUCCGUGGAUUUUGCACAGGAGAAAGAAGCUUAUGAGAGGCCUGCCAGACUUCAUCGAUUUAUGCAGAGUGUAUCAUUUUCCGAUGAGAGUAAUGGGAAUAUCUCACCGGUUAUAUUUGCUGCAAACCAGAAUAACAAGAACAAAGAAAACAAGAAAGUUUCCAAGAAAGAUGAAAUAAGUGUUUCAUGGGAACGUGGUGGCUGCAACUUUAGCAGCAAGCUGGCUGAAGAAAAUGAAAUAGAAACUGAAACCCUACUCUUUUCUUCAAGAAGCUUCUCAUACGAUUCUUCAUAUGACUUCUGUCAUCCAGCUAUGGAUAGCAUAACCAAGAAUACAGAUAACGGAAGCAAGAAAACAUGUAACAUGAAAAUUCGAACACUCAAACGCCAGGUUUCGAAGAACUGGAAGCUUUCUCCGGAGAUUACUUCUCCGAUGAGAGCAUCGGUUCUGCGGCGGAUGGUUUCGUGCACGGCUGAUGGGAAGGUGAAGGAGAGCGUAGCAGUGGUGAAGAAAUCAGAGGAUCCUUACCAGGACUUUAAAAGGUCCAUGCUAGAGAUGAUAUUGGAGAAGCAAAUGUUUGAGGCCAAGGAUUUAGAGGAACUUUUGCAGUGUUUCUUGUCCUUGAAUUCCAGGCAAUAUCAUGGAGUUAUUGCAGAGGCCUUCUCGGAGAUUUGGGAGAUCUUGUUCUGUGAUUCUCCUGCAAAGAAGCGAAAUUCCAUGAGAAUUUCUUGAUUUAAAGCUUAAAUUGAGAAGGAUAAAGAGAACCGACGGGUGCUUGGUACGAGAAGUUAUUCUCGUAGAUAGAGAAAAUACUAUUGUGCUUUACCCGUUAAAGGGCCGACCAGAUUUAAAUAAGAUUAUUUCUGAUCUAUUGAACUAAAAAAAAAUCAGUGUUUGUUGCUAUUUUUAAUUAUGAAGUUUUAUUUAUUUCUUUCCCUAGGAUUGUUGCCAUUGUAAAUGAAGUUAUCAUAUAAAUAAGA